AUGGCUUUCUAUCCCCUUCAGAUUGCUGGACUGGUUCUUGGGUUCUUCGGCAUGGUUGGCACUGUGGGCACAACACUUUUGCCUCAAUGGAGAGUAUCAGCUUUCAUUGGCAGCAACAUUAUUAUCUUUGAGAGGAUCUGGGAAGGGCUUUGGAUGAACUGCAUCCAGCAAGCUAGAGUCACACUGCAGUGCAAAUUCUAUAACUCCAUUCUGGCUCUCCCACCAGUCCUGGAAGCAGCACGUGCACUCAUGUGUGUGGCUAUAGCUCUUUCCUUGGUUGCUCUCAUUAUUGGCAUCUGCGGCAUGAAACAGAUCCAGUGUACCGGCUCCAGUGAGAGGGUCAAAGCAUACUUACUGGGAACCUCGGGAGUUCUCUUCAUUCUUACUGGGAUCUUCGUUCUGAUUCCAGUGUCCUGGACCGCCAAUAUCAUCAUCAGGGAUUUCUACGACCCAACUAUCCACGCAGGACAGAAACGAGAGCUUGGAGGUGCACUCUUCCUUGGCUGGGCGACCACUGCUGUCCUCUUCAUCGGAGGGGGGCUGCUCUGUGGGUAUUGCUGCUGCAACAGAAAGAAACAGUGGCGCAGAUAUCCAGCCCCACCGUAUCGUGUGCCACAAAAAGAUAACCCAAGAAAGGCGACAGUGCCUAGGAAAACCUCUACCAGCUAUGUCUAG